UCAUACUUUUGAAAAACUCUUGUUCUUAGAAAAUAAAAACUUAUAAAUAAAAUUAUGAGUACUGUUUAUGUGUCCUUUUUAUUAUUUGCACAAUAUCUUUUAUGUAAAUUGUUUAUUAUUUGCACAACAUUUUUUGUGUAAAUUAUCUUAAAAAAAUCUAAAAAAACAAUUUAGAUGAAUCGCACAACCAUUACAUCUUUCAUCUAGCUGUUUUAAAAGCGAAACUAUCUCCAUCUCAUCUAAGAUGGAUUUAUAUAUUUCUACCUCAUCUCCAUCUAGAUGAUUUUAAAACCAUCUAAGCGCAAUUUCGGUAAUAAUAUUAAUAAAAACUAAUAUAUAAAAAAUAAAUAAUAAUACUAAUAUAAGAGUAAUAAAUAGCUCUGUCGGAUUUGUUAUUAAACAAAGCAACGGUUUGUUCAUUUUUGUGCACGCACAUACAUUUCCUGAAAACCUGUUUUUCCGCCCACGUGCCGCGUGGCAACGCGCGGAAACGCUUAAAGGCGGUAUUUCACGGUCGGGUGUCCUUUAAUGGUGCGGUAGGGUAAAAUUUCAACCUUUUUCAACGCGAGAAGACACGGGGAAAUUCUGAAGAAAUUACUCUCAUUGUCAUAUCAACGUAAAAGUUCAAGUUUGCCAUCAUUCUUCGUCCGUAUUUCUCGCUAAUUGAGAAACGUGAGAUAUCUUCAACGGAAGAGUUCCCUGAGAAAAUCCUCGGAGUAAUUAUUCUCAGACGUUUUUUAGUCGCUCGUACUCCCCGAGUGACGUGGGGGAGAGUCUGUAAAAAGUCACGCUCGAGAAUCGAAUAUCACGGGGAAACAGGAGACGGGUGCGGACAGAAAAGGGAUGACGCAAGUGUACGUUCUCGAUUUCCAUUUUGAGAGUGUAGAAUCCAAGAAGUUUGUGGAACCGCCGCUGUGUGCUCGCCUUGAUGUCUUGCAGCCCCAAAUAAAAGCCGCGACUUUCGGCUCGCUAACUUCUAAGGAUGACAUAGCGACAUGCGCCUGGGUGCGCGCACGCGGCAACACGAACUUCCUAUAAAUUUUCGCCAACUUUCGCCGCUCCAUUUGUUAGUGCAUGCCACUGCAACCGAGCGCAUCGAUCAAAGCGUUAGCGCGUGUCGACGCAACUUUCCUAGAAAACGUGUACCUCUGAUUACGAAAAUAGCGAUGCGUCUUAGCGCGCGGUACGCGACGACAGGUAAGUCAACGUGCGGAGCAGAGAUAUGCGUGACGGUGGAACCGAGAGGUGAGGUAGGAGAAAAGGGCGGGGAUGUCGUAGACAGUUUUCAGCGGAGAAAACGUUUGUCGAAAUUGAAAACCAUUUGUUUUUAUCUGAGCUGUAAGAUCAAAUUUUACGCUCUACGUUCUUUCGUUUGGGACGCGUCGAGCAUUCGAUAAGCUCGAAAAGAUUUUACCACGUUGUCUCGACUCUGCAGAGGUGAAUCUUGAAAACGACACACGUAAGAUAUAUUUUUAUGGUAAAAAUUGCUGUCAAAUUUCUUUAACCGAAAAACACAGCGACAUUCUACUUUAAUUUGUUAUCUUUUUGUUUCGCAUAUGUACAGAGUUAGGUAAUAACUGGUGAAUCAAUUGAAAGUUAAGCUAAAAAGUCAACUUUUAACGCAACUUAUUUAGUUUCAACUUUCAACUUAAACUAGUUGUUUUGAAAUGCGUUAACUUAUUAACUCCUUUUAUAUAAGUAAAAAAAUAAUGCAUCAACAUUAAAAUUAUUGCGGGAUGUUUGUAAUGUAGAAUAAGAAAUAGAAUAAGAAAAACCAGAAAUAAUGUCAACAGAAUCUUUUUUCGUUUAAGCUUCCGUGUUCUUUUUUUGUGCGGAAUCCUCAGUAUAAAACGUAAUCGAUAAUUUCUUGUAGACUACACACACUUUUCUUCAUAUAAAUUUAACUUAUUAUUAUAAAGUUAAUUAUGCAGAACACAUAUUGCUUUGUACACAAUCAAUUUUUAACUUCAACGAGCCAAUUCAACUUUAACUUGACUUAUAGUUUGUUAGUUUUUGUUUAUGUAACUUUCAUCUUAACUAGGUUAAUUUUAUAAACCGCGUUAAUUUUAAACUUAACCUAGUUAAAAAUAUGAAUUUACCUAUAACCGCAUAUGUGCUAUUUUUGUAUGUCAGAAACUGAAGUCUGCUAUUAAAAAAUGUACCGCGUUCCUGAGCAAGAUAAACUCUACUAACAGUCUAUAUUUGUGCAUACAUUUGCAAUUUUUAACAAUAACAUCGUUAUCCUAGAACGUCGUCGCGCAGCUCUCACGUGAUGCGUAACACCUUGCGCGACGACGCAAAACGCAUGAAACGUUAAAAAAACGACGGAAUGGAACUGCUGCAUUGUCAGAAGACACGAUAAAACUGGAAAGAAUUUUACAUGAAGAGAAGCUUGCAACAUAUUCUCUCUCCGUGUGUCGAUCAUUUAUACUUCUAAACGCGGACCCUAUGCACAAAAUUAGCCCGAUUCUCAUGCUUUCAUCGCAGUUUUCCUUUUAAAUCCGUCACUGAAGAAAGACGCGCGAUAUUCCGGCUGGCAAUGCGAAGGGGGGGAGGAGAGAGUGAGAGAGGAAGGACGGGAGGGGAAGGACGAGGCGAGCCUGACGCAUAGGGCGAGAGAGAAUGUAGGAGGAAGAGAAAGAAGACGAUAACGUGGACAGAAAGAGAGGAACAGCAGGUAGAACGAUAGGCGGGCGGAUAAGUGAGCGCGAGCGAGAUGGCGAAGCGAGCAGCGGCUGUCGGUGCGACGAGGACGGCGAGUGGGCGAUCGCGCCCGAAGCUCGCGCUCGGCUGAAGUUAGUUAGCAGUCGAUGCGCACACGCCACGCGGUCCGGACGUUCGCUGGCUUCGCGCUCUUCUCUGUCCUUCUCUCUUCUUCCGCUCCGCUCCGCGCGCGUCCUCGUGUAGCUUUGUCAACGGCACGUCCGACACUUACGCAGGUAAAUUGCGGCUUCCGUUUGAAAGCGAGUUUCUUCUAUCUCGGGCGACGACCGCGGGCAAUUGGCCCGGCCGAAUUUCCGCGUUGCGGUGUAACCGAGUCGCAUCGAGGAGCAGUGAAAUUGCGCGAGCGUCGAGAUCGCGCGAUUAUACCUCCGCGAGUUUUUGUCUUAAAGAGAUUUGACGAUUUGACGAUUUUUAGAUUACCUAACUCUGUGCAUGUGUGAAAUGAAAAGAUAAAUUAAAGUAGAAUGUCGCUGUGUUUUUUGGUUAAAGAAAUUCGAUAGUAAUUUUUACUACGCGAUAAAUCACAUUGGACCACCGGCCAGUUGCUUUCCUGUUCCUUCAUCUGGAAUCGUUGCGUGGUCCGUUGAUUCAAAUCGAACUCGAACUAUCGUCCCGUGGCUAGGAUGCGAUUUGUUGAGGUGCGUUCGCGCGUUUCCUGCAGGACGUGAAGGAGACGGGACCUCGACGGGUGAGCCGAAAGUGGUUUAUAAAGAGCAGCUUGUGAAGAGAAGUCGAGGAGCGCUCCGGUGGGAAGGCGCGCGGCGGUAAACUAGCGCGUCGUGCGCGCUCCUUCAAGGAGGACUUUCUGGAAAAGCUCUCCCACAUGCGUUCUCCUGGCAGCGGUAGCGGCAGCGGAGGCAGCGGGGCUGCUACGAGAGCCGCCUCGCCCUCGUCGCCACGUACACCGCGUGACAAGAGCGCCCCGGGCUGUAACGAUUCCAGCACCGCUUUGGAUAAGAAUCCCUUACGCGACCUGCACAUUCACGUGCGGCAGGUGCAGCUGGCACUGCUCCACUUUCGGGAUGUCGUAUCUAAGAAGAAGCUCGAGAUGUUACCCGGGAACGGCACGAUCGUCCUUGAUACCGUUACCACCAUACACAACGCGUUAAAAUCUUACCUGCUUUAUGAGAACAGUUCCACAUUGGGAUCCGCCACGAAUCAGGUAUAUCAAGCGUUGGCGCAGUUGUUGAAACUCUGCGACGAUGUAUUACUGCACGGUGAUCAAUCCUCUGCUCUGGACACCGAAAACGUGACGCACGUUAUCGGGCUAGUCGAGGAAGCGGUGAAAAAUCUGGUUGCCCUGGCACACGAAAAGAUCGCAAACAAGCAGAAACCCGCGGCUACUACAAAUAACAAUAGAGCUUCUGGGUACGGGUCGGAACUAACGCAAAGAAACUCUCUGCCCGACAUACCCUUGACACCGAGAGAACGGCAAAUCUUGGAGCAAACGGCAGCGAGCAGCAGUCUAGUUCGCAGUUCGCACAGUUCGGAGUCGAUUCUACGGGAUUCUAGUCCACCCCCUAAGCCCCCGCUACCUGACAGAACAAAUGUAUGUUUGUCGGAGGAAAACAGUUCUUCUGGUACACCUCCUCCUUUGCCACCGAAAAGAAGAACGAGGGCCCAACAGCUUUUCGACGAGUCGGAGGGUCUUCUGGCAUCUAGUCUUGAUAGAGUAUCCCUGCGGAGUCGAUCCCCGGAGGAUUCGUCGUCCCUUCUCAGCGCAUCCGCCGGUAGUUUGGAUUCGGCUCUGAAUCAUUCCCGAGACGAGGACGAGAUUAGAGCUAUAAUGGGACCAAAUGACGAGUCGUUGAAUGACAGUAUGGACCUAAGUCUCAUGGCGACUAUUCAAGGGAUGCAAGUUAAUGGUACUUCAAACUAUAGUUGCUGGGACAGUUCUGAAACUAGUAUACCGAGUACUAUGUUGCUAGGCCAACAAACACCUCAAGAAAUGCUUAAUCCAUUCACUGGUAUAGAAGGAAAGAUGGAACGAUUGUCCACUCAAACGCAGGAAUCGGGUUUUAUCUCUAUGCAUUCUCAACGAAGCUCAUCCCAAAGUUACACCACUGCAUCCAGCAUGACGUCUAAGAGAUCGUCGCAGCAAAGCAGCAUUAGUUAUAACUCUCAGUCAUUCAGCACACAGCAACAGUCGUUUUCUCAGACCAAAUUAUCUUCGGAUAGUAAUGGCUCUAUUUUUACACAGAGAACGAUGACUAGUUCCAAAAGUACUAUUAGUACGACUAAUAUGUCUGGAAAUGGGGACUCAGCUUUAUUAGAGAAAUUGGUAAAUGAAAUGGAAUCAAUAGGUACAUCCGAUUCUAACGGAGUGCCACCGGCGUUGCCAGAGAAGCGAUCCAAACGAAGAAAAGAGCGGCAGCCAUCGCAAUACGAUAACGUACCAGAAAACGAGCAUUUAACCACAUGCACUUUGCAUACCAGUAACGGAGAUAGUCCGGAUGCCAACAAGCCACCUCCUCUGCCUUUAAAGAAGCGCCACAUGUUCCAAUCAGUGGCAUAUUCUGUCAUGGCGUACAUGGAGAUGUUUGGAAAUUGCUCCCACAGUAAUAACGACUUCAUCUCUGGUCUCGGGACCCGUCAUUCCGUAGCAGCUUACAAUUCGAUGCAAGCGGAAUGGCAGCAACACGAGAUGGCUCUUACCACAACUCAAUCGUGUUCCUUCAUGACACACACUGCUGUGACUGCUCUACAUGACAGCUCAAAUAUCUCUGUGACCAUAGCACCGACUUUAGUAGAGGUAACAAAUAAUUCUAGUCUGCCCCCGGCAUUACCACCAAAGAGAUCUCGUUCCACUAAAUCAAACGUUACACCGCCUCCAAUAUCGCUAAAACCUACCGUCAGUAUGCAGAGUAUUCAUAACUCAGAACCUCUCGUCGCAUCGACACCUUUGAAACCGGAAGAAUUCAACCAUGCGCACGAGAAGAAAGACGUCACACCCCUUACUCCGGUGAAACUGGUAAACAUAAAUAAUAAUAACGUCAUCACAGACACGGUACUAUCGUCGUCAAGACCUGCUAGUAAUGCGCUUUCUUCCAUAUCAGUUGAUGAAAAUACUCUUGAGUUAAGGGAUAUCGAUCAAGAUAAUAGCAUUUUGGAUGAGUUGGAUAUUAGCAAGUACUUGGUAUUGAAAAAAGCGGACGAAGAGGGCCCGGAUAUACGCGGUGGACAUCCAGAUGCAUUAUUAAUUCAUGCCACUAAAGCUAAUAAACAUGGUAAUAAACAUGAUGAAAAGGAAUCAGAUUUCUUGUACCAAGAGGCGUUUUUAACGACUUAUAGAACUUUUAUGCAGCCGUUGGAGCUAAUUCAAAAACUGCACAGACGUCAUCAACGCUUUUCAUGUUCACCUGAUGUCGUAAAACAGAGAGCUGCUCGUGAAGCGUUCUCUUUGUUAGUUAGAGUCGUUAGUGAUUUAACAAUAUCCGAUCUUGAUGACGUUCUUCUACAAACUCUAAUGGAAUUUGUGCAGCAGUUAGUGUGCAGCGGAGAUCUCACAAUGGCCAAAGCAUUGCGAGUUAAGAUAUUAGAGAAACACUCUGUCAAGCAAUUGCAAGCGGCGCAACCAAUUCUGUCGUCCUUAAGUGUAACAACGAAACAAGCAUCUUUGUUGGAUUUUAAAAGCGAACAAAUCGCGGAACAAAUGACGCUACUCGAUGCCGACUUGUUUAUGAAAAUAGAAAUUCCGGAAGUACUGAUUUGGGCGCAAGAACAAAACGAAGAGAGAAGUCCGAAUCUCACGAGAUUUACUGAACAUUUUAACAAAAUGUCAUAUUGGGCACGCUCCAGGAUAUUAGAACACCGAUUGGAAAAUGAGGCAAAAGACAGGGAGAAAUAUGUCGUGAAAUUCAUCAAGAUAAUGAAACAUCUUAGGAAGAUUAAUAAUUUUAAUAGCUAUCUCGCGUUAUUGUCCGCCCUGGACAGUGCACCUAUUAGGAGACUUGAAUGGCAGAAGCACAUUACGGAAGGUCUCAAGGAAUAUUGUGCUCUGAUAGAUAGUUCUAGUAGCUUCCGAGCCUAUAGGCAAGCUUUAGCGGAAACACAACCACCAUGCAUUCCUUAUAUUGGACUUGUUUUGCAAGAUCUUACAUUCGUGCAUAUCGGGAAUAGCGAUUUAUUACCAGAUGGCACUAUAAAUUUCUCUAAAAGAUGGCAACAAUUUAAUAUUGUCGAAAAUAUGAAAAGAUUUAAGAAAGGCACAUAUUCCUUCAAGAAGCACGAACGCAUCAUAACGUUCUUCAACAACUUCAGCGAUUUCCUCUGUGAGGAGGCGAUGUGGCAGAUUUCCGAGAGCAUCAAGCCACGUGGUGGCAAGAAAGCACAACCGCAAAACUAGAAUAUACCUAACCCUUUCACUGCCUGCGUCUCGAAAUUGAAAGGCUGAAACAGUGAAUUAACAUGUUUAUAUUUAUGUAGGUAUAUACUUUUUUGCGGAAACAAAUGAAAUUCUUCUACAACGUUCUAAGAGCGGUGAAAGGGUUAGCGAGUCUAUCCCGUUUCGACAGCCUCUGUGAGGUUGUGUAUUAUCAUAUUAUUAAACCUUAUGAAAUUUUAGUAAUGCGCAAACAUGUGUGUGAAUUCCAUAUUCAAUGUCGUUCAAUAUCGUUGUAUUGAAUCGUAAACGCACCGUUUUAACUUAAAAGUAAAUUAUGUUUGUGAGCAUCAAUUAGAUCGAAACGCCAACACGCGAAUUCACUGGAGGGAACUUUGGUACACUAGACAAACCUAAAUAUCUAUCCCGACGCAUUUUUAGUAGCCUUUCCAUUUGCUACAAGCCGAUAUACGUAUUUGCUAUGAAGAUAUGCAACUUAUACUUAACUACAACUGUAACAGUGUUUAUCGUAAUAUUAAUGAAAGAAACCACGGUCUUCAGCUGUUCUAGGAAAAAAAAACAUUUAAGAACAAUUUAUUUAUUUGCCUUCGCUAGCGAAUUGUAUAAAGUAGUAAGUGUUUUUCUUUUUAUUUUUAACUUAUUUAUAGAUAUAUGUAAACGUCCAUUUCUAGCUUUAUGUAGGUAGUGAAUUUUUGAACGUCAACAGAACACUGUUGAUUACACAAGGAUGAACACCAAUUACGUUGAUUAAUGUAGAGCCAUUGUAGUCUCGUGAUGGCGCUCUGGUGUGCGCAUAUCGGGACACAUGGUACGACUGAGCGCAACUGUUACAUAUACUAUUGUAUAUGAUGAUAGAAAGAAAAACACGGCGAUUGCAUUGGUAUUAAUUUGUGCCUUGCGGAUGAUCUUUUCGCUUUGUCGAGAGAUACAUUAUGAUGGUGCAAAUUAGUGUCAGCAGUCACAGCAAAAAUACUUUUUUGUUGGCAACUUGUUAAUAAGUAUCCGAGCUUUCAGCUUUAAAUCAUAUGACUACUUAGUGUCUAGAUAUAAAUUAAAUAUUAUUCUAUAUUUAUAACAAAAUCAAAUUUUGUUUUUAUUACACACGUUUCAUUUUGUUUCAUUCAUUCGUUAUAGAAAACACUUCUUUUGAUUGGAAUAACUUAAUCCGACCUCUCAAUACUAUAUAUACAUUGACUCUUUCACGAUACAUUGAGUGGAGUGCAGGAAAUGAUCAAAUCAAUUUUGUUCGCUAUUGGAAAGGUGUAUCGUAUCUUCUUAAGAUAUUAUUUUUGGAUAUUCAAUAUAUCGAGAUACUUUCACUCUUAGAUAUGACAGUGAAAGAUGUUGCCAUGUAAUAGUAACAAUAAUAAAGUAGUAUAGCAGUUUGUGUGUGCCUCCGUCUUAAAGGAUGAAUCAAGCGAGUGAAUCCGUUUUUUUAAUCUUCUUUAAUUUAUUAUUUGAGAAUAAAAUGCUUCGUCUUUGUAAUAAUAGAGUCGAUAUGAAUCGCAAUUCGCUGAUUCUCAAACUUCAUUAUCAGUGUGCGUAUGCAUAUCAGGAUUUAUAAUAUUUAGUGAUACUUACAGCAACAAAAGAACAAAAGGCCUAAGCGUUUAGUUAACGAUCGUUCUAGUACAAAACACGGGUAAUAACACUCCAAACAAAUUAAUUGUCACAAUAUAAUAAAUGAAAUUUUAAAAAGUAGUUAUAAAGCUGCCAUAUACAUAAAAAGAAAAGAUUAGUGUCAAUAGUUUGAAUUCUACAAAAUAAACUUUUAACUGAUACAGUCUUAGAUAGAAAAGAAGAAAUCAGCGUAGAUCUUUUUAUCCUUGAUAUUAAUUACACACUUAUUUGGUAUUUGUAAUAAAACGUAUGAAGAGAACGGAAAAAUUCCUCACUGGGAGAAAAAAACUAAUGUGAUAUAAUAAUUGGCUAUAAUGCGGUGUAAAUGAAGUUGUACAUAACGUUUACAUUUAUUUAUCCCAUUUUGUUUGCAGUGUCAAUUGCUAUUGUUUGUGAAAUUUCUUGGAUAAAAAUAACUAGCUACGCGCACACAACAUACACACAAACACGAUACGCGUGACAAGUAUGCAGCAGCAAUAGUGCGCACAUUAUAGUACUAUAUAAUAUUCUCAUAUUAUAAUAUAAUUGUUCAGUUCAUAAUCACGUGCGUGAGUGAACGUGAGUGUGUGUGCUUUAUGUUUUUCGUCUUAGUAGCUAACGAUCAAACGAUUUACUUGACAUAGAAAUAAGCAAAGAUCUAUUAACAGUGUAAAUAAUUUAACGCAUAAUUUCAUGAAUUUACACGCGUGUAUCUACUAUAUAUCGAUAAUUGUAAAUGUACGCUGCAUCGAGCUAAAUAAUUUUUAAGUUAAAUUAAUAAUCAUUGUGAUGUGUGUCACGUUACGUACCUCACGUUCGUACGUAACGCUUACAUGAUCUUUUUUUUCCUUCUCACUACACUGUUUUUAUUAAAUUGCGAAUUAAAUGGCAAUCGAGCAGUUGAUUUGUAUUAUCUGCUUUAUCUUUUUUGUUUUUCAUUUCUAUUACGUCAUUUCUUGAGGCAGCUGUUAGUAGUAAUAUUAUCGCAUGUAACUUCUCAACGGUGUCUUUACUUUCUAAUAAUAAUAUACAGCUGUUUAUAUUUUGUAUAAUAUUUUUGGAAAUUCUGGUGAUAGUUGAAAAGCCUUCCCAAGACAUAUCGCGGGACUGUACCAUAAUUUCUAAAAGCGCGCAAAGAGAUUUCGUUAGACUAUCGGCAGAAUUUCCCCGUCGUAUAUUAUGGAACGAAUAUAUAAGCGUAUAAAUUUAAGUACUGUAUUAUCGAGAUACGAGUGAGAUCAUCCAUUGAAGGUGCAACGAAGAAAUUAGACACGAUUUACCGAUUAGAUAGAGAAUUAAGCUGCUUCGCAGGGUAGGAGAAGUUGAGUUAUUAAGAAGACGAAACAAUUAUACGCAAUUGCUUUCUUCUUACACUCGACUAUAAUCUAGAAUAGGCAGAAUAUAAAAACAUAACUUUGUAAUUUCUUUUUCUUUUUUCGUUUGCUGAAUGUCUUAGCUUUGAAGGGAUAGUCUGUAUUGACAAUGGACUAUAUAACAAUCGCUGUUAACUCUAAAAUUACAAUUGAGAAGCACGCGACGUUGCGUGCAAUUUACUGCAUAUACUUAAACUCUAAGGCUAAAUUUAUUUGCACUUUGACGAAAAUCAAUCGUACACUAUCUGUUGCAUUGUACAUAUACACGCAUACGUUGUUAAUCUAGUCUAACUAUGGAACGAACUUUGUUGUCAAUAUUUAAACAUAUAGACUUCGACAUACAUCUAGGCAUAUCGAUACUCCAAUAAUAGCAGGAAAGGGGGAAAAGGAAAAACGAACUAGUUUCUAUACCAGAAAGGCUUGUACCGAAAAUUAUUUGGCCCUGUUUAUGCAUGGGCUUCCUCUUUUCGGUCAGACGUGCAUCACAUAUACGUGACGAUAUUCAAUAAAAUUGAAUUAAAUAAUUGUCGCCGAA